ACUAAACCACUUCAGAAGUUCUGUUGAAGGUGAAAGAAUAGUGAGCAGUUUAGUGUUUUUUUAUCAUGACUGCCAUACACAUUGCAGCACUGCUGGUCGUGUGUUCUGCUGUGUCCGGCGGGUCCAAUAAUCGGCUGUCUGUGUCCCGAGGUGACAGAGCGUUGGACCUGACGCUUUCAUCUCGCUAUGGCGAAUCUUCAUUGCUGAAAGCUACAAUUGGGAGAAGUUUAGGACCAAAAGCAUUCAACUGUUCUGCCGAUGAAGAAAUUUGUUUCAAGUGGGAAAACGCUGAGCUUAGGAUCUCCUUAGUAGACGAUGUAUGCAGACACAUGUCGUGGACGUCAACAAACGCCACCGGGAGGUUCGAAGACUGUUUCGACCUCGGUCAGGAUCACUGGUUUGGUGGUCCAGAGAGAACAACCCAGUACUGGCCGUUCGAGAAACAAAUUUUCAAUGAGAACUCAUACAUAACCAAGCUUGACCACUACCAAGCCCUUGCGGAUCCAUACUGGGUCAACUCGAAGGGUGUGUACAUAAUUGUCGACGAGGACGUUCCUCUAUUUGUCGACCAGAAGAACCUCGAGAAGAACGGAAUGUGUCUCAUAGCCAAGAACUCAGAUCCUUACCCGACAGAAAACCAAGUUCUCAAGCUUAGCUACAAGGUGUGCACCCUCGAAAACGCGAGGAAAGCUCACGAGCAUGCAAUAAACACGUACAUUGGCAAGCCCACUGGGAUACCGGAUGAGCGAAUGCUGCGCUAUCCUGUGUACUCCACGUGGGCUAAGUACAAGAAGAACAUAAACGAGGACUCGGUGCGCGAGUAUGCAAACAACAUCUUGAAGAAUGGCUUCAACAACAGCCAACUGGAGAUUGACGAAAUGUGGGAGACAUGCUUCGGCUCGGCUCAGUUUGACACGAAGAAGUUUCCCGACGCGAAGAAGCUAGUGGCUGACCUGAAGGCACUUGGGUUCCGAGUAACUCUGUGGAAGGCUCCAUUCAUCAACACCAACUGCCCCUACUACUACUCGCAGGCUGCGGCCAAGGGCUACCUGGCCAAGAACCAGAUGGGCUCGGUGGAGACUAAUUGGUGGGAGGGCAGAGGCGGGCUGGUCGACUUUACGAACCCCGAGGCAGCGACAUGGUAUGCUGAGGUUUUGAAUGGCAUCAAGGCCACCUAUGGCAUCGACUCAUUCAAGUUCGACGCUGGCGAGUCCAGCUAUCUGCCGCAGCCACCAGAACUCAACACUUCGCUCUCUCUCGUCCCGAACGUCUUUACAAACAGGUAUGUGGAGACGGUGUCGCAGUUCGGUGGCAUGGUGGAGGUGCGCUCGGCACGCCGCACUCAGAAGCUGCCCAUAUUCCUGCGCAUGCUGGACAAGGAUUCGCGUUGGGGCUUCGACAACGGUCUCAGCACACUCAUCACAACGCUGCUCGUCAUGAGCAUGCAGGGAUACCCCUUCGUGCUGCCAGACAUGGUGGGCGGCAAUGUGUACGGCAGCGAUAAGCUAUCUGGAGAGCUUCUGGUGCGGUGGAUGCAAGCCAACACCUUCAUGCCCGCUGUGCAGUUCUCCUACCCACCCUGGGAGUUCGACAAACAGACGGUCGCCAUCAUAAAGAAGUACACGGCUCUGCACUACGAGUACUCCGACCUGAUCAUCCAGCUGGCGCGCAACGCCUCGCAGUACGGGACGCCCAUCAACCCGCCGAUAUGGUGGCUGGACCCGGAGGACUCUGAGGCUCAGGCUGUGGACGACGAGUUCCUCCUGGGAGAGGAGAUCCUGGUGGCGCCCGUGCUGGUGCAAGGCGCCACCAGCAGAGACGUCUAUCUGCCCCAGGGCAGCUGGAGGGAGGGGCUCCAUCCGGCCAACAAGCUGAUCCAAGGCCGCGCCUGGCUCAGGAACUACACAGCUGCUCUGGACGAGCUGCCGUACUUUAUACGUCAACAGUAGACAGCUGUCUACACCAACAAGUAUCAGAGGGCCCAUUAACAAACUUUACAAGAGUGCAAUUCAUAUAAAGUAAAAUGUUUAUUUUUGAAAAUUUUUACAGAUAUGGUAAUAACCAAAUUACUGAAUAAUAAUUAUUUUUCUAUAUUAAUAAAUGUAUGCCAUAUAUUAGCUCAAUAAAAUUAAAUUUAAACCAGUUGUUUCUACUAAAACAUUUAUGGAGGUUGGCAAGAUUAAAGUCCUAAAUAA